GUGGACUCGGAGGCUGCGGAGGGGGAGGAGAGCUCUCGGCUGCGCCAACUCUGCGACCGCCUGCAGGGCGAGGUGGAGGAGCUUAAGGGCCAGCUGCAGAGCUCCAACUCUAAGGAGCUGAAGGCAGCGCAGAAGCGCAUCAAGGAGCUGGAGCGACAGCAGCAGCGGCAGGAGGGUCAGGACUCCAGGGACUUGACCAUCUCAGCUCUGCGGGAGACCAACAUGCAGAUGCAGGCCGAACUUGACCGGCGAGGUCUCGACUUAGCAGCUGCUCGUCGCAAGGCCGUGGAGGCGGAGAAGCGCCUGUCGGAGAAGGAGGAGGUUUUCUCCGACACAUGCCAGCGGUUGGUUGAAGCACAGCAGCGCGUGGCACAGCUGGAGGGGGAGCUCACCCAUCAAAGGGAGGUCCAGACAUCACUCCAGAGCCGACUGCAGGGUGCCAGAGCUCAGCAGACCGUGGCCGAGGUGGAGUUGAGGCAAGCGAGGCAUGCGCUCUCUUCGGCCACCGGCCUGGAGUCCGACCUGCAGAGGAGAAGUGUUCCUUACGGGAGCGGAUCCUUUGCCCCACGGGCUUCGGCUGACUUGCAAGCGCCAGACCUCAACCUCAGCGUGAGCCAGGCCGAUGAGUUGGCAUCCACCGUGUCCGCGGAGAAAGCGCCUCCGAGCAGGUUCAUCAGCGCCGAUUCGGAGAGUACCAGGGAGAUGCCAAAGGCCGCGCCCUUGCCCAGGAGUUCUCCACAGACGUGGAUGGAAACUCCGCGCAUCUGGCAGCCAGUUGGAGCUCUGGUGAGGCGGCUGCCCCCGUCGCAUGAACUCACUCUGAGAACCAGUUCGCACUUCCGCGACUUGCUGCUGAAGCAGCAAGGAAUCCUCUACGAGGACCAGCAGGUCCUGCUGGCCCUUCGCUCGCGCGUAGCACCUUCAACAUCCACAUCAACUCGACGGACCAUCGAGUUCGAGGCCACACUUUCCAAUCGCAGUGGACAUCAAAUACAUGACGUGAAGCUGCAACCAGCUGCUGACGCACAGAGCGUGGCGAGCCGCUUCGACUUGCAACUGCAGGUCCGUGGCCGCGAAAGCGCUGGCCAUUCAUCAUCCAUGCUUUGGCCGCAGCACCAGCUGCACUUUUAUGGCAAACUAGAGGUGUUUGGCGUGGUGGAUUCAUCCGAUGGGGGACCGCAGGUCGACUUGUCCUACCUCCUGCCGGACAACCAAGCUCUCAGGGCGCGGCUGCGUUUGCCCCUGGGCGCCACGCGGCUCAUGGCCCCAGCGCCCAGCAGGCCCUUGGCUCCUCUGAAGGCGUUGCAGCUCUGGGAUGCUCCGGAAUUCCAACACACGGAAGUCUCGUGCAUCUGCCAGCUGCGGACCUCCUUGGCAGGGCGCAUGGGAGCCUUCGCCAUUUGGCAGGCCUUGGAGUUGGGUGGCGCCCUGAAGUGUCUCCCAGGUGCCGGGGGUUUCCGCGAUGCGCUCUUCGGCGGAUGCUACGUUGUGGGAGAGCCCGUGGACGUGCUGAUGAGAGCCGAGCUGGGGCCCAUGCCCGGGGAGGAGGCGAAGACGGCGAGGGCCAGUCGGGAGGAGCUGUGUCGAAUCGCGGUGCGCUCCACGUCCCACCUUGUGAACCGCGGCGUGGCGCAGGCAGAGUCCUCCACGCUUUGCUUUGUGACCGAUCCAGAGCCCCUACUUCUCUGGAAUGCACACAUCCUGAGCCUGCGCCAUGAGAAAGUCGUCAUCAACAACUGGAUGCACGUGAAGGGCGGGCUUAUCCAGGGGCUGGGUCCAGGCGAGCCGCCACCGCUUCAAGGAAGGAAGCUGGACUUGGAGGGGCGGACUGUUUUGCCUGGACUGGCAGACAGCCACUUGCAUGUUUUCGCCUUGGGGAAAGCAGAUGCCGCCGUGAGCCUGGGUGAUUGCAAGUCCAUCGCAGACUUGCAGAAGCGGACUCGGGAGCAUCUGGAGGAGGAUCCCCCCUUGAAGCUCCUAGAAGGCAUGGGCUGGGAUCAAGACCUCCUUGGCCGGAUCCCCAACAAGGAGGAUCUUGAUGCCUGCAUUCCUGACAUCCCAGCCGUGUUUUAUCGGCGGUGUCACCAUGUCUGUGUUCUGAAUUCAGCAGCUCUCCGAAAGUGCGCCAUCACAUCAGAGACCCCAGAUCCAGAGGGCGGUGUCGUUGAGCGAGAUGCCGACAGGCAGCCCACAGGGGUUUUGAAAGAAAGCGCCCUGACGCUGCUCCUUGGAAACCUGAAGGAGGAGGAGCCUCUGGAGCGGGAGAAGGCGAUUCUGCUGAGGGGGCUGAAGCUCUGUGUGGAGAACGGUGUCACGUUCCUGCAAUCCAAUGAUGGCAAGAAUCUGGGAGGAAUCCGGCGACCAUUCGAUGCCUAUGCCUCCUUGGCAGAUGAAGGCAGGUUACCAUGUCGGAUAUUCUUGACGAUAGAGUGGCAGGCUGUAGGAGAGGAAGGCAUGCCGAAGUCGAAAGCAUCGCAUCCCUCGGGCCUGCUCUCCUGUGAUCGUGCGAAGAUUUGGACCGAUGGGGGCCUUGGCGCGAGCACAGCUGCGAUGCUCGAGCCGUAUGCGGACGACCCGACAAAUAGUGGCGUUAUGCAGAUGACACGUCCAGAAAUAGACUCCACCCUAGCCCUUCUGAAGAAGCAUGGAUUCAGAGUCGAAGCCCAUGCAAUUGGUGAUCGGGCAGCCACGGAUCUAGUUGAUGCCUUCGAGAAGUUUAUGCCUGGCAGUCAGCGGCCCGUGCUGACACACUGCCAGUUUCUGAAUCGGGAUUUGGUGAGCCGCAUGUCGAAGUUGGGAAUUAUUGCCAACGUUCAGCCGCAGUUUGUGCCCUCCGAUCUUCCAAUCGUUAAAGCUCGCGUAGGUGAGGCCACAGAGCGAUAUAGGUAUGCCUAUGUCUGGAAGACUUUGAUGAAGAGCGGCGUGCGCGUCGCUGGUGGCAGUGAUGCACCUGUCGAGUCUCCCACUCCGCUGAUUGGCAUGGCUGAUGCGAUGGAGCAUGCCUUGUUUGAGUCAGAGAGGAUGAGCUUUGCCGAAGCUCUGUCCAUGUAUACCACCGAAGCUGCCUAUGCAGCAUGGGCAGAGGACCGCCUGGGCGGUCUCGAGGAAGGAAAGCAGGCCGACUUCAUCGUCCUCUCGUUGCGAACGAAGAGCGAACCCACAGCGGCUGAACUACGCAGUGCCACAGUUGAGAAGGUUUUCGUGCAAGGAAGGCAGGUCCACGAUCAGAGCGAUCAGAAUGAGCGAAAGAGGCGCCGCUUGACGGUGGGAGAUGCACCGGGCAAGAACGGCGCUCCCCUUUGGAUCUCGGGGCGAUGCCCAUGCCCUGCAUGCGACCCCUGA